AUGGAGAUUCUAUUUGUGGAUUUCUUGACAAAGAUGCAUUGCCACCCAAAAUCAAUUCAUAUAGCCUUAAAUCACUUCUUCACAGCUUUUGUUUCUCAAGAUAAUGUCUUUGAAAUGCUGAUGGUAAAGCUUCUUCUGUGUAGGAUCAUCUUGUAUGCCAUUGCAGAAACURGUAGAGAUUCACUUAAGACCAAAGAGGGGAUUGAUCGAUUGGCUCUAUACAUUACAUCUAUUGGCAGAUUUUCAAACUCAGUGGAGGCAUUGAUAUAUCCAAUUUAUGGACAAGGAGAACUUCCACAAGCCUUUUGUCGUCGAGCCCAUGUCAAAGGAUGCAUCUAUGAAACUGGGGGUUACAAAGGGCAGAAAGAAACUCUUCGGGUUCUUGUCCCAAAGGUGAUAAGCAGUAAGGGGAAAAUAGCAAGAGGAAUAUGUAUCAUUAGAGGUUWUGUGAAAYCUGAUACAUUAAGCGCUCUUAURGUAUAUCCACCYAAAUCUUUGUUUCCUGAACAGCUAACUACAAUCCGGAUUCUGCAGUUUGGUAGUGGUUUAGCAGUUUGUCGUGCUGACAUGUAA